UGCUGUUUGACACGGUUUGACGGUAUAAAAAAACAAUCAGAGAGAAUUCGACGCCGCCAUCCUAUUAAAAUUGUUUUAGUCUAAUUUUUCAAUAUGACUGCUAUUGAUAAAAUUCAAGUCCUCGAUUCUAUUGAAAAGGAAUUAUUGCUUUGUUUGCAAAGUGCAGGGCAAGCUCUCUUGGAACUCAGCAAAGAAAAGACCAGCCAAAAAGCAACGGAAACCCACACGAAUCAAUUCCUCAAAUCGCUGAACAUCGUCGAAUCCAAGCUGUCGGAACAGAUAAACUACCUAACGCAAGUGUCCACGGGCCAACCACAUGAAGGAUCCGGAUACGCUGCAGCGAAGGUGCUGCAAAUGGCUUGGCACCGCAUUCAGCACGUGAAAUCGCGCAUCAAAGAACUGGAAGAGUGCAAGAUGAAAUUCGUUCAGGCAAAUAACAGACUUCAAACGCAGCGGGCAGCACCAAAUACUGGAUCUGGAGGAGUAAUGUAAGAAUUUUCUUUUGGAUUGAAACUUGCUAUAGGUUUAAUAAUAAACAAAAGCUUUUAUUUGUCGA